GGUAGCUCGGUACUCGCACGUGGGCCUUCGUUCGUGUCGGAUGUGUGCGCGCAGGGAAAAUCGCCAAUCGUAAAGACAUCAGUUACCACGUAGGUGUCGUCAACAGUGCAUCGAGUCUAAUUAUAUGUGCACACGAUUAACACGUGCAAACGUUCAGGGAAUCAUUCUCAUUCGUCCGUGCUAAUUAUUAACAGAAAAAGAAACUGUCUCGACCGUACCGCGAGCAGCUGUUGUGCAUUGUUAAUCCGCGACAUCUAUUUCAUCGAGGAUCGAGUAUUAUCACACCGCCAAAGGGGUUACUUGUGUGAAUUCCUUCCUGGUGUUUCCUGUUCGGAUUACCCACGAUAUCGCAAGUGUGCCGAGGAACCUGAUAGAUCACCAAGUCUCUAGUCAUCUAAAUGCAGCUAACCUUGUGACGUAAUUAGCGUUGAUCAAGGUACCAAAGAAAGUGUCAAAAUUGAGCAAGUCGUCGUUCCAUCUGGCGGUGAUCUCGCCAAAAUUUGGAGGAUGUUGAUGCCUGGUGCCGCUGGUCUCAGUGCCGUCGGCGCGGUGGGUGCCGUCGGGGCGCCAGGGCCGGACGAACUGGUAUCGAGCCUGGGCGCAUUGGCGGGUACCACGCCGCAACAGAAAGACACCACAUGGACGAAAUUGUUCGUCGGCGGUUUGCCGUAUCACACCACCGACAAAAGCCUUAGGGAACAUUUCAAUGUGUACGGGGACAUCGAGGAGGCCGUCGUCAUCACCGACAGGCAAACGGGGAAAAGUAGAGGCUACGGUUUCGUGAUCAUGGGAGACAGACCGGCAGCGGAGAGGGCGUGCAAAGACCCCAACCCCAUAAUCGACGGUCGCAAAGCAAACGUCAACUUGGCGAUUCUUGGAGCUAAGCCCAGGGGUAAUCUACAAGCGUCAUUCCCGUUCGCUGCUGGCAUCCGAGCUGGAUAUCCCGCGGUCCUUCCCGGCCAAUAUGGGGUGCCACCAGGUUACGUGUACCAGUCGCCCUACCUGGCGGCUGCGGCGCCAGGUGGUUUGGUACCGCUUCCGACGACACAGUUGACCCACGCCGCGGCGAUGGCGGCGGCGUCCCAGUUCUACGAGUACCAGAACGUCGCGGCCGCGGCCGCCACAUAUCCGGGGACGUCGUACAAUUUCGCCGAGGCGUACCCCUAUACCAGCGCAGCCGCGGCCGGUAUGUGUUUGAAAACUGUCCAGAGCAAGGACAGCAACGGGCUGAUACACCACCAUCAGCAGCACACCUGCAGCAGCCACACGGUGCUGGCGCAGCAACGAUUGGAGAAAGCUCUCCUGCCGCCCUUUCUGCCGUCAUUGCUACGUAGCAACGCAAACGCAGCGGCAGCCAGUUACGUGACACCAUACGCGUACACGACGCUACCAGGUGCAGCAGGGUUGCCAGCAGCAGCAGCUGCAGCUGCAACAGCGGCGGGUGCUGCGUUCCCAGGUCUCCCAUACCAAACAACACCUCAAGAGGCGAGAUUGCAGUAGGAGCCGGACGAAUCGCCGCGAACACGGUCGCGACCGAAUUCCGACUUAAAAUUGCGAUCAAAAGAACUCGAUCCUCGCCGCAUUAAACUUCGCUCUUCGCCUGUACUCCGCGUGCGUCCGCCAUUUUGGAUCCGGUCCACCGGAAAGCCGGAGGAACAGACACCGAAGAGGACGCCUGAACGAAGCGUUCAGCAACGGCGACUCGAACGGCACACACAGUUUCUUACUAAUUUAAUCUUCAAUCUUCCCCACUUUAAUCUUCCUUCCUACGUUUCUCCUUGUUAGGGCCUGUUCAGUGGACCUUCGGACCGUACUCUAACUGUUAACACGAGGAAACCGGGACAGGAAUCUGCGAUACGUUAGCUAGCGUUUAGAACACGUCCGACCUAAGGUACUUCGUGCCGUAGCGAACGAUGUUGCGUAUUAGGCUAAGCGAACUAAGUCGAGGAACAUUCGCGGUAGGAUUCGUUCGAGAUCGCGUUUCUUCGCAUCGGGGAUCGCCACCGUGAAACAUCCUCCAGCUUGCAACUGUCUGUACGCAUCGUCGCCGCUAUCCAAGAUUUGUUGUAAGCUUCCCGAGGAGGAAGUUUUUUUUUUUAAAAAAAUGUCGUUUUUACGCUUUUACAGAUAUCUGUUCUGAACUUCAGAACUUUUAGUCUCACGAGGUCGCCGAGGCCAUCAUUUUCUAUUUUAUGCGUAGAACAGACGGUCAGCCGCAUAAUUUAUAACGACACUGCGGAGGGACUUUUAAUUCACGAAAAAUUGGUUCAUGAUUUGAAAUCAUUUCUACUGGAAGUUGCGAAAUUCGGACACGGGGAAUCAGCGGUAUUGAUAGAAUUUUAUUUCGACUGGGCAUUGUAGUUUCGCGAAUGUUUCACGUACUUGUCGUUCAGGGGGUGUAACCGUACACGAGCGACAGGGGGAGGACGUUCUAAGUGAUUCAUUAGGAUGAAUUUUGUAGACGCUUUUAGGAACGACGGUCACGUCGCGAUUAAAUCGAAGUGUCGAUGUUGCCUUAUACAAUCGCUUAGAGGCGAGUUUACUAAGUGUCUUGAUAGACGAUGCCUUUUUCGCGUGGCUCGCGGAAGCCACCGAAACGGACUGAUCAACGAUUUGCGCUACGAAUCCAACGAGGACCAAAUGGACGAACAGCGGAGUCGAUCUCGCGAGAAAUCACAGAAAUCGCGAAACACUCUGUCGCGCGGCUCUGUCGUUCUUGCGAAAACAAAGAACCGUUGCUUCAUUUCUCCCGCGCAAAGGUCGCUGAACAUCGAUUUUUAUCUAGUUUCGACUCUCACUUAUCGUAACAAAUUCUCUUCGAAUACUCUUGUUUUAUCAUCGGAUUAGCUGGAGACACUUUUGUCCUAUAAAUUCAUUCCGUUAUUUCCGGUUUACGCUUGGCACGGGGGAACUCGUUCUAUUCCCGUUCGCGAGUUCGUAAAUCGGUACCACAAUAUUGGCAUAUAUUUUUGCGUACGUUCUAAAUGCAACGCGAUUUUUCUAUUAUUAACUUUUCCGGGAGGAUGUGUCGGGAAGAGUGUCGCUAAAUUUACCCGCGUUAUUUCGCAGUUCGAAACCGAAAAAUAAUUUUAAAGGACUCGGGAGCUUCCGAGAGUUUUCUCAUGCAUGUUUCUAAAUUGCAAACAUCGAUAUUUAAACCAAUUGACAAUUGCCAGCGUAACAUAAGAUGGCCGUAUAACAGUAUGACCGUAUUAGUUGACCUGUUUUUUUUUUGUUAGGGUGCAUUAGUAAAUUAGCGACACUGUCCCAGCACUUUUGUCACUCUACGAGAAACGAUCGACCGUUCGGAUCAUUGAUCGACGACAAACCGAACGUGAGAAUUUCACUCGUCCAAUUCUUGCAAAGUAAUCUGGUGCCUUAAUUAGCACGGUCGAAUAGUCUUAAUGGUUAGAAACUAGUCAGUGAUUCGUUCGCGCGAAGCUAUUCGUUAAUACGUGCGUAUCGGGGGGCAAAGGUAAUAAUAAUAAUGGAACGGGGGACGACAAGAUGAUGUGGAAAACGAAGAUGGAGGGAUAACUAGCUAGCGAGGAGGGUGACGGAGGAUCGGGGCUAUGAAGAAUGAGACUGUCUAGUCCUAAACCCGUCGAGACCUUAGACGAGGUACACUCGAUUCGUUAGAAUAUUAAGUAGACGUUAAUACGCAUGAAGCAACGGAGGACGAAACCAAAAGUCUUGUAAAAAGUUAGCGAAACAGGCGCUGUUAGAAAGGUUUAAUCUUAAGUAUUAAUUAUUACGUAACCGAUCGAUUAAGAUAAUAGGAAAAUAAAUGAAUACCAUUGAUAUUA